AUGUCUGGCGAUGCUUCUGAGUCAAUACCAAUACUUGAACCAACUAGUGAAAACGAUCCGCAUUUUUCACCAGCAUCAUCACGAGCCAAAAAAUAUAAAAACGCUAUAACAAUGAUCGUUUUAUUUCUUAUUAAUUUAUUAAAUUAUAUGGAUCGAUUUGCCAUAGCAGGUGUCCUUGAACAAAUUCAAGAUUAUUUCCAUAUUGGCGACGCUGAAGCUGGUCUUUUGCAAACAGUUUUUGUCUGUAGUUAUAUGGCAUUAGCACCUCUUUUUGGAUAUCUAGGCGAUCGAUAUAGUCGAAAAUCAAUGAUUAUCUUAGGUGUUACUCUAUGGUCAAUGACAACUGUAGCUGGAUCAUUUGUACCAAAGCAUUUAUUUUGGCUUUUUGUUUUGUUACGUAGUUUAGUUGGUAUCGGUGAAGCUUCUUAUUCAUGCGUAGCACCGACUAUUAUUGCUGAUAUAUAUAAAGAUGAUAUGAGAACAAAAAUGUUAGCUCUUUUUAAUAUUGCUGUACCACUAGGCGGAGGACUUGGAUAUAUUGUUGGUUCAUAUGUUUCAAAAGCAUUUAAUGAUGAUUGGCGAUGGGCGCUACGAGUAACACCUGCAUUUGGUGCGGUAUGUGUUAUUUUACUUAUUUUUCUUGUUGCCGAACCUGUACGAGGUGGUGCUGAUGGUGCUCAUAUGCAAAAAACAUCUAGUUGGCUCUUGGAUGUCAAACAAGUUUUUAAAAUUAAAACUUUUAUCUUAAUAACAAUGGGAUUUACAUGGGUAGCAUUUGGAUUAGGAUCACUUUCUUGGUGGGGACCUAUUUUUCUUCAAAAAGCUCAUAUAUUAGCAAGUGGAAGUGAAGAUCCAAAAGAGAAAACAAAUGUAUCACUGUAUUUUGGUAUCGUAACUUGUGGUGCUGGAAUUCUUGGUGUAUUACUUGGAAGUGAAGUUGCUAGACGUUAUCGUAAAAUAAAUGCCCGCGGUGAUCCCAUUGUCUGCGGUAUUGCAGUUCUUCUUGCACUGCCAUUUCUAUUUAGUGUUCUACUAUUAUCAAAAGAUCACUUAAUUCUAACAUGGAUCUUUAUUUUCAUCGCAGAAACAUUACUUUGUAGUAAUUGGGCUCUUAUUUCAGAUAUGCUUAUGUAUAUUGUCAUUCCGACAAGACGAUCUACAGCUAGUUCUAUGUUAAUUUUUGUUAUGCAUUUACUGGGCGAUGCAUCUAGUCCAUAUAUAAUCGGUGAGAUAAGUGAUUUUUUUCGAGAUGGAGCUGAUGACAAUUUAACUCAAUGGGUAUCACUACGCAAUGCUUUAAUGUUGACACCGUUUGUAGCUGCACUUGGUGGUGCAGCUUUUCUUUUUGCUGCAAUGUUUAUUAUUCAAGAUCGUCGACGUGCAGAAGAAACAAUAGAAUCGAUGAAAAUAUCGAAUGAUAUUGGAUUAUAUGAAAAGAUUUAA